AUGAGGGUUAAUGCAGUACUCUUCUUCUUUAGCCUUUUCGUCCCACUUGUGACGUCUACAGUUUCUAGGUUUCCUGAAGCUUGGGAGAUUGACGAGAGUUGCGAUAAAGUGCGUAAAGAACUAGAUGAGGCCUUUGACGAUGCUAGAACGUUAAUUGCCAAGGCUCGACAGGACCUACUCAAGGUUCAGAGCAAGAAAUCAUUGAAACGAAAGUCUUCGACUAUUGGGGACACUGAUUGGGACCGCAUUGCAAGAAAUCUUGUCGUGACUUUUGGCCUCACACCUCCUGCCGACCCAUUCAAGAACGGAUACGACACAGAAAACGAACACUUCAAGCAAGUCAGCUAUGUGAUCGACGGUCUGUGGACUGGUCUGGUCAAAGGGGACCCCAUGCCCAAUGGAGGAUACUCUGCCCAGUUGACCAAGUUGAAGAAGAAGCCAUUGAUUAUGUGUGGACAAAAUCCGUGGGUUUAUUACGACAAAAUGGCGCCGGACCCGUACGACAAUUCCAAGCUUAUUCACGAAGUUUUUCCAAGGGUCGGCUCAGAGUUAGGACUGGGCUGGCCUGGAGCCUACAUUCAUAAACAUCGGUAUGAACCUGCCGAAAGCAACCUGGGUGCUUCCAUCUGUGCCCCAGGCAUCUAUGGUGUAACUCAACAGAAACAUGACAUGAUUACCUUCUGCGACCCGGUCUUCGCAUUGAAACCAGAAAAGUCUGCGGUGCGGAACGCAGAUGAAGUGAAGGAAGGUGUCAAUAUCGAUGAUGCCGGUAUCGCAACAACAAGUAUAGCCCGCGUCAUGAUACACGAGUUUGCGCACUACUAUGGAAGUAGGGUACCUGAGAAGUGGGAUGGGAAUCCACAAAGUGCCGAUUUGCGUGUCGAAUCAGUGCGAGAUUCAGACGCAAUUGAUAAGAAUGGAUGCCUUCUCUAUCAACAGAAAGGGCCUGGAGGACGUGUCUCUUUUGUUCGAGUGGACCCGUCGGGCAUAUUGCCAAACCCGAAAGUCUAUGGCAUGGCAUUCGUCGCCAGCAUUGCUCGGGACAAUAGCAACAAUGAGCACAAGGGAAAGUAUCGAAAGGAUAGGAAAAAGCCAGAUGAGUGGUCAGACUGUCAGCAGAUUAGAGCUUCAGGACCUGAAAAUGCGACCAGGACAGCUGAAACAUACGCUUAUUUUGCCAUUCUCUCGUAUUUGGAUAAAUGGGACUUGACACCAGAUGGAAGAGCUAAAGCACUUCUUCAGUCAGUCAGCGAGCAGCCGGAUGAGGAUGAGGAUGGAGGGGGUAGAGGCACCAAAAGACCGAAACUGGAUGACGAGCAGGAGGAAGAUAAUGGGGAAGGAUAA